AGCCAAUCAAUAGUAAGGAGUUCUUGACACGCCUUCCCUGCCCCUUCCGGAAGGGGCGGGGCUCUGUGUCAAAAGCAGCCAAUGGGUGUCCCAGGAGAUGAUUCUCCAGGAGAGCAGCGGCGCGAACUCUCCCUACAGUUCCUGAGACUGGAGGAGUGCUAAAUCCAUGGAGCCAACCGAGGGCGCGAGUACAGAACAUGCUAAGGCCAUCAAGCCUAUUGACGCAAGGUCAGUCCAUCAAAUUUGUUCUGGGCAGGUGGUACUCAGCUUAAGCACUGCUGUGAAGGAAUUGAUAGAAAAUAGUGUGGAUGCUGGUGCUACUAGUAUUGAUCUCAGGCUUAAAGACUAUGGGGUGGACCUCAUUGAAGUUUCAGACAAUGGAUGUGGGGUAGAAGAAGAAAACUUUGAAGGUCUAGCUCUAAAACAUCACACUUCUAAGAUUCAAGAGUUUGCCGACCUGACUCAGGUUGGAACGUUUGGCUUUCGGGGGGAAGCGCUGAGCUCACUGUGUGCACUGAGUGAUGUCACUGUAUCUACCUGCCAUGUGUCUGCAAGCAUUGGGACUCGACUGGUGUUAGACCACAAUGGGAAAAUCACCCAGAAAACUCCCUACCCCCGACCCAAAGGAACAACAGUCAGUGUGCAGCACUUAUUUUAUACACUACCUGUGCGUCACAAAGAAUUUCAAAGGAAUAUUAAAAAGGAGUAUGCCAAAAUGGUCCAGGUCUUACAGGCAUACUGUAUCAUUUCAACAGGCAUCCGUGUAAGUUGCACUAAUCAGCUUGGACAAGGAAGACGGCAACCUGUGGUGUGCACAAGCGGAAGCUCCAGCAUGAAGGAAAAUAUCAGCUCUGUGUUUGGCCAGAAGCAGUUGCAGAGCCUCAUUCCUUUUGUUCAGCUGCCCCCUAGUGAUUCUGUUUGUGAAGAGUAUGGCCUGAGCUGUUCUAAGACUCCACAUAGUCUUUUCUCCAUUUCAGGCUUCAUUUCACACUGUACACAUGGUAGCGGGAGGAGCUCAACAGACAGACAGUUUUUCUUCAUCAAUCGGCGUCCUUGUGACCCAGCAAAGGUCUCUAAACUUGUAAAUGAGGUUUAUCACAUGUAUAAUCGGCAUCAGUAUCCUUGUGUUGUUCUCAACAUUUCUGUUGAUUCAGAAUGUGUUGAUAUUAAUGUGACUCCAGAUAAAAGGCAAAUUUUACUACAGGAGGAGAAGCUUUUGCUGGCAAUUUUAAAGACCUCCUUGAUAGGAAUGUUUGAUAGUGAUGCAAACAAACUUAAUGUCAACCAGCAGCCACUGUUGGAUAUUGAAGGUAACUUAGUAAAGAUGCAUGCCACAGAAAUAGAAAAGCCUAUAUCAGGAAAGCAAGACAGUUCUCCUUCAUUGAAGACCACAGCAGAUAAGAAAAGAGUAGCAUCCAUUUCCAGGCUGAGAGAGGCCUUUUCUCUUCAUCCUAUCACAGAGAUCAAGUCUUGGGCCCCAGAGACCCCUGAACUGAGACAGAAUUAUCCAAGUCAGAAAAGGGGUGUACCACCUUCCUGUGUUUCAAAUCUCACCUCUUAUAGUGGUCUGCUUGACUCCCAAGACAAAGUGGUGAGUCCCAAGGAAAGCCCCGAUGACUGUAUGAACAGAGUGGAAACAGAAAAAGACUCAGGGUUCAGCAGCACCUCAGCCACCUCUGAGGAAGGGUUCAACACCCCAGAAGUUGCCAGUAGCUUCAGCAGUGACUAUGCAGUGAGUUCUCCAGAAGACAGAUCUUCACAGGAGAACAUGAACUGUGGUAAUCAGUUACUUGGAAUGGACCACCAUCUUUCAGGUACAGGACACCAUUUGAAGCAAGAAGAUUGCAGAUAUAAAUGUACAGCUUUACCUCCACAAACUCCUCUCUCUUCCUCAAACACUAAACGUGUCAAGAUAGAAGAAAGGCCUUCAAAUACUUACAUUCCUCCAAGGUUGCUUGAUAGUCAGAACACCUCAGCAGCUCAGGUUGAUGUAGCUGUGAAAAUCCAUAAGAAAAUAGUACACCUUGACUUUUCUAUGAGUUCUUUAGCCAAACGGAUGAAAGAGUUACAGCACCAAAAGCAGCGGAAUGACAGUGAGCAGAGUUACAGGAAGUUUAGGGCCAAGAUUUGCCCUGGAGAAAAUCAAGCGGCAGAAGAUGAACUCAGGAAAGAGAUUAGUAAGUCGAUGUUUGCCGAGAUGGAGAUCUUGGGUCAGUUUAACCUGGGAUUUAUAAUAACCAAACUGAAGGAGGACCUCUUCUUGGUGGACCAGCAUGCUGCGGAUGAGAAGUACAAUUUUGAGAUGCUGCAGCAGCACACUGUGCUCCAAGUGCAGAGGCUUAUCACGCCCCAGACUCUGAACUUAACUGCUGUCAAUGAAGCUGUGCUGAUAGAAAAUCUGGAAAUCUUCAGAAAGAAUGGCUUUGAUUUUGUCAUUGAUGAGGAUGCUCCAGUCACUGAAAGGGCCAAAUUGAUUUCCUUGCCUACUAGUAAAAACUGGACAUUUGGACCCCAAGAUAUAGAUGAACUGAUCUUUAUGCUUAGUGACAGCCCUGGGGUCAUGUGCCGGCCCUCAAGAGUCAGGCAGAUGUUUGCUUCCCGAGCUUGUCGGAAGUCUGUAAUGAUUGGAACCGCUCUCAAUACAAGUGAGAUGAAGAAACUCAUCACCCACAUGGGUGAGAUGGACCACCCCUGGAACUGCCCCCAUGGAAGGCCAACCAUGAGGCACAUUGCAAAUCUGGAUGUCAUUUCUCAGAACUGAUACUUAACUGCUUGUAGGAUAGAGUUUAUUGCAGAUUAUUCUGUUUUGGAAAGACAGGAUUUUCAGUAGCCUGUUUAUCAUUGCUCAGAAAUUAACAUCCUAUUUUAAUGUAUCAGAUUCACUUAAAAACAGUGUUAAGCCAGGCAUAGUGGCAUUAUGUGCCUCUAGCCCAGCUACUUAGGAGACCCAGGUGGGAGGCUUAGUUGAGGCCAGGAGUUUGAGGCCACCCUGAGCUACAUUAAUGAGACUCCAUUCUAAAAAGGAAAAAAAAAUUAAGCCUUUUCACUUUGUCUGCAAUUAUUGUUAUUGAAAUUUGAGUGUGGGGGAGUGCGCGGGGGUGCAAAGAUAUGUCUUAGAAAAACAAGGAGAGCCCUUUGGAAGUUAGUAAUCUUCCCUCUAGCUGCGGAUAUUGUAGUCUGAAGCUUUCAGCCCUCAAAGACAGUUGAAUUCAUGUUGUUUACUUUGUUCUCUCCUACCCCACAUGCCCUGUGUUUUGAGACAGCUUCAUGUAACUCAGGCUUGCCUUGAACUUGUUUUGUAGCUAAGGCUGGCCUGCACCUCCCAAGUGCUACAAUUACAAGUGUGUAUCAUACACCCAAAUUAAAAAUUAUGGUCUUUUGAAAUUA